AGAGCAGGAGUUGACCAUGAACUAGUCAACGGCAAGCACUGUGGAUGCUGUGGAAUAUCCAUGUGUUUAUGCCAUUUGCGUGCCUUGCCGGCGCGCAAGUCUUUGACAUGCUGCAAUUAAUUGAGGAGGAAAGCUCCCAUUAGCAAUUGCAAUCCCCACCGAGAAAAUUGACCCAAAUUGCCCAGCCAAUCGAUCCAUCCAUCCAUGGAGAUACUUAGCCCGUCGCCGCCGCCCAGCCCCGGCCCCGCCUCCGCCUCCGCCUCCGCCUCCGGCUCCGCCAUGGAUUCCUUCAUCCACAGAGGUGCCGGCUGGCAUUUCCCCCGCCGCGACAACGUCGACGCGCGGGUCCAUGUCGCCGUCGGGAGGUCGCCGGAGAAGACGUUGGGCCUGCUGCGAUGGGCCUUCCGCCGCUUCGCCUGCGCCCAAGUCGUCCUCGUGCACGUCCACCAACCUUCUCCGCUCAUCCCUACCCUCUUAGGCAAGAUUCCUGCCGCUCAAGCCACCGAAGAGCUCGUGCUGUCGCAUCGCAAAUCCGAGAAGGACGAAAUGAACAAGAUCCUCCUCACCUACCUCACUUUCUGUCACAGGGCACAGGUUCAGGCAAGUCUUCUUGUCACGGAGAAUGAACAAAUCCAUGAUGGUAUUAUCACUUUGGUCAAAGAUCAUGGGAUUACAAAGCUUGUCAUGGGUUCUACACCUGAUACUUGCUUCAAGUUGAAAGCGAGCUAUGGCAAAGCAUCUUUUAUGGCAAGGAAUGCCCCAUCAUUUUGUGAAAUCUGGUUUGUUUGGAGAGGAAGACACAUUUGGACCAGAGAAGCAGCUGCAGCCAUUGGCAACAAUAUCUCAGUUUACAAUGAAGAUGAUGUUAUGAUCAGGAAAAGAAUCAGGUUCAGCUCUACUAGUAACAAUGCUGAAUCCAUACUUGAUGAAGGAUACAUUUCAUACGAGGCACAAACACCUGCUGAUCGUUAUGAAAUCACCAUUUCAGAUAAUGGUCAACCGAAUGAUUAUGAAUCUCUUGUUGAUGCCAACCAUUUCUGCAAUAUUAUUGUACCAAAUUUGCAAAAUGCACAGUCUGCAUUUAACUCAACAUUCCAGCCUGGUUCUUCUGUAGACAUGGAAUCAUUAGUGUUAUAUCCUCAGGAAAUCUUGGAUAAAAAUUUCAAGCAGGUCAUUCUAGAAGCAGAGAGAUCAAGGAAGGAUGCUUUUGUUGAGCUUCUCAAGCGCAAAGAUACAGAGUCAAGAGUAGCCGGUGUUAUUGCCAGGGCAAAAGCUUCUGAGUUCGCUCAAAAACAAGAAAUGAAAAUGCGGGAGGAACUUGAAGCUUUGUUGACAGCCACAAAAAAGCAGCAUGAAGAUCUUGCAGAAAAUAAAGAAAAGGCUACAGAAGGGUUGGACUCUUCGAUGAGAAAACUAGCCAUCCUAGAUGCACGUGCUAAAAGCAUAGCUUUUCGGAUGAAUGAAGCUGUGGCAGAGCUGAAAUUGAUUCAAUCUUCCAUAGGAACACUCAAUCAGGAAAUUCCCAAAAGAGAGAAGCUAGAACUUGUACAUACUGACCAGGUUGAAAGAGAAUUGACUUUGUCAGAUAUUAAAGCUGCAACAUGCAAGUUCUCAGACAGCUUAAAAGUACUGCCACGAGGUCUUGGAUGUGUUUAUAAAGGAGAGAUUAUGAACAGAAGUGUAAUGAUUUAUAAGUUGCACUCGUGUAUCAUUCAGAGUUCGAUGCAGUUCCAGCAAGAGGUCCACCUCAUUAGCAAGGUGAGGCACCCUCACCUGGUGACUUUGAUUGGGGCAUGCCCGGAUGCAUUGUGUCUUGUCUAUGAAUACGUGCCAAACGGGAGCCUUCACGACCGCCUUUGGAGCAAGUGCGGCAUUCCUCAGUUGCCAUGGAAAAUCCGUGCACGUAUUGUUGCUGAAAUCUCAAGUGCUCUAUUCUUCUUGCAUUCCUGUAAACCUCAGAUGAUUGUCCACGGUGACUUGAAGCUUGAAAACAUCCUUUUAGAUGCCAACCUGCACUGCAAGAUAGCUGAUUGUGGUAUUUCUCAAUUAUUCAUGGAAGAUGCCAAGGACGCAGACCCGGAAUACCGGAGAAGCAAACCAUUGACACCCAAAUCUGACAUAUACUCCUUUGGGAUUGUGAUACUCCAGUUACUAACUGGGAAGCAGGCUGCAGGCCUUCCCAGCGAAGUAAGGCGUGCAAUGUCCAGUGGAAAGCUAUGGUCAUUGUUAGAUCCAACAGCUGGAGAGUGGCCUCUGGAGGUGGCUCGAAGGUUAGCAGAGUUGGGGCUCAAGUGCAGUGAGGCAGCAAGUCCAGAGCUGCUGACUCCAGAAACUGUGCGAGAUCUGGAACAGCUCCACCUGAUGAGGGAUAAUAGACAAGUGCCCUCCUUCUUCCUGUGCCCGAUCCUCAAGGAAGUGAUGCAUGAUCCCCAGGUGGGGGCGGACGGGUUGACGUACGAAGGGCGCGCCAUUUCCGAGUUGAUGGACAAUGGCCCUCCAAUCACCCCCAACCACGCCCUUCGUUUUGCCAUCCAUGACUGGCUCUCUCAGAGAUCAACUCCUUUCUGAUUUUCCCCAAGGAUCUGGAUUUUGUAUGUACACAUUGUUUAUUUCAUAGUCAGUCUGUUUGUUAGUAGCACAUGCAUGAUGUAACGAAAUAAUAAUAGAGUAAAUAUUUCAAGUUUCAUGUAUCGAGCAAAUGUCACUGUACAUAUAGAGUGAGUUAGGAGCUAUGUUCAGGGCAGUCGGAGUAUCUUGCUAGUUGCCCGUUUGGUCUAAGUAGCAGUUGUCAUGGGGUUGACAAACUACCCCCUCCGUUUCUUUACUUAUGUAAGAUGCUUUGAUUUUUUUAUCAGUUAAAGUUCAAUCAAAUUUAUAGAAAACAUAGUUACAUUUUUAACACAAAA